AUGCAGUUGCUCUUCCGAAGCCUGAUCCUUGGCAUCCGCAGGAAGGCCCGACCAGCCGAGGGUCUUGCACAGCGGAAGAUGGCACGGGCUGCCGCGUGGCUUCUUUGGAUCUGCAUCGUCAGCAUCCUGUCUCUGCCAUCGGUCUUCUUCACCUUUGCUCAGUCGGUUCCGGCACAGAAUGUGUGGGAUCUCGAUGACGGCACGUUGAAGCUGUUCCACGCGACAGCACCGGUGCAGGCAGUUCUGAUUGACAUGGUGCUGGCCUGGCCGGUUUCAACCACCUUUUCUAGCCUGACGGGAAUCAUGCCUGAUAGGCUACUGAUGACCUUCCGACUUUUUUCAGCAUGGCUCUUGGCGGUAUUGACGACAUUAUCCUUGGACGAGAACUGCUACGGAGGCUGGAAGCUUGCGUGGAAAGUUUGCCAGGAGGGAUCGGAGGAACACGAGAAGUUCACGUGGAAGAUCUUCGAGGAGGAGAUCUUGAACACGCAGAGGGACAUCUGCGGCUUCAGCAGCGCUUUCUGGUUUGAAGACCGAUGCAGCCGUGCUAUCGUUGGUGGCUUGACGCCCUUUUGGCUCAAGAAGCUUCCGGUCGAAAGUAAUAUAGAAUUGAAAACCCUGUUUUGA